AAAAAAAAAAAAAAAAAAAAAAAAACAGUCCGGUGGCUAACUGCACGAGCUGUGCGGAGGGUACGCGAGACGAAAUCCGAGCUCGGUUUUCAUUUGAACACGUUUUCACACACUCGCAAACAUGAAUGACAACGAGAAGCUGGACAACCAGAGGCUGAAAAACUUUAAAAACAAAGGACGCGAUUUGGAGACAAUGAGAAGGCAGAGGACUGAGGUGGUGGUCGAACUGAGAAAGAAUAAACGGGACGAGCACCUCCUGAAGAGGAGGAAUGUGCCAAACGAGGACAUCUGCGAUGACUCGGAUGUCGACGGAGACUUCCGAACACAAAACACCUCUUUGGAAGCAAUAGUCCAAAACGCUACCAGCGACAACCAGGGCAUACAGCUGAGCGCAGUUCAAGCUGCCAGGAAACUGCUAUCAAGCGAUCGCAACCCUCCAAUAGAUGACCUGAUAAAGUCCGGCAUUCUGCCCAUUCUAGUGCACUGCCUGGACAGAGACGACAACCCCUCACUCCAGUUCGAGGCAGCCUGGGCUCUGACGAACAUCGCCUCAGGAACCUCUGAGCAGACGCAGGCUGUCGUACAGUCCAAUGCAGUUCCCCUGUUCCUGAGGCUGCUUCACUCUCCCCACCAGAAUGUGUGUGAGCAGGCUGUGUGGGCUUUGGGUAAUAUCAUCGGCGACGGGCCCCAGUGCAGGGACUACGUGAUCAGCCUGGGCGUGGUCAAGCCUCUCCUGUCCUUCAUCAGCCCCUCCAUCCCCAUUACCUUCCUCCGCAACGUCACCUGGGUCAUGGUCAACCUGUGCCGCCACAAGGACCCACCCCCUCCCAUGGAGACCAUCCAGGAGAUUCUUCCUGCUCUGUGUGUCUUGAUUCACCACACGGAUGUGAAUAUCCUGGUGGACACAGUGUGGGCUCUGUCCUACCUGACUGACGCUGGCAACGAACAGAUCCAGAUGGUCAUCGACUCUGGCAUCGUCCCUCAUCUGGUCCCUCUCCUCAGCCACCAGGAGGUCAAAGUUCAGACGGCGGCACUCCGGGCCGUGGGCAAUAUCGUAACCGGCACAGACGAGCAGACGCAGGUGGUGCUAAACUGCGACGCUCUGAGCCACUUCCCAUCCCUGCUUACACACCCCAAGGAAAAGAUCAAUAAGGAGGCGGUGUGGUUCCUGUCGAACAUUACGGCGGGGAACCAGCAGCAGGUCCAGGCCGUUAUUGACGCCAGCCUAGUGCCGAUGAUCGUACUGUUGCUUGACAAGGGAGACUUUGGAACCCAGAAGGAGGCUGCAUGGGCCAUUAGCAACCUGACUAUAAGUGGCCGAAAAGACCAGGUGGCGUAUCUGAUCCAGCAGCAGGUGAUCCCGCCCUUCUGCAACCUGCUGACGGUGAAGGACGCUCAGGUGGUACAGGUGGUCUUGGACGGGCUGAGCAAUAUCCUCAAAAUGGCAGACGAUGAGGCAGAGACCAUCGCCAACCUGAUAGAGGAGUGCGGAGGUUUGGAGAAGAUAGAACAGCUACAGAACCACGAGAACGAGGACAUUUACAAACUGGCUUAUGAGAUCAUCGAUCAGUUCUUCUCCUCGGAUGACAUCGACGAGGACUCGACCCUGGUCCCGGAGGCCAUCCAAGGCGGGACGUACGGGUUCAACUCGUCAGCCAACGUGCCAGCCGAGGGAUUCCAGUUCUAGAAGGGCGACGGGGAAAAUCCGGAGAUUGGUUUGCGAUGCAGCACUCUGUUCAACAUAUAAACAAAAAAAAUUAAUUAGGAGAGCAAGAAAGGAGCGCGCGCGAGUGUGAGAGAUUCGAUCCAUUGUGCUUGGCUCAUGGGAUCCAUGGCUGCAUCUAAUCUGAGAGAGAGAUUGUGUGGGCUUCGUUUGGAGUCCGGGGGAGAUCGGGUCCAAAUGAGGUCUGUGAUGGCGAGUGAGUGCGAGUGAGUGGCUGCUGUAUGUUGCGAAACACGACCAUCCACACCGAGUGUGUUCAGAGAACAUUUUCGUGGACCUUCACAAAACAUUGCGAUGCGUCUACCAGACGUACAAGAUGAGCAGAACCAUUAAAAGAACAAAGAUGUCUGACCACAUGGAAAACCAAGACACAAGAAACAACCGCAACCUCUGAACAAGAAUACACACAAACGACAACACAAAUUAACAAUAAUGCUGAAUCCCGUCCCAGGUGAGAGGUUGUGAUCCGCGGGGGGAGGAUGUGGGGGGGGGGGGCGCUCCCUCUACAUCGGGCCACGCUGUGAGAGGUGCGUGUGAGUGGGCCGUUCUGCGUGUGAAUGUCUGGACUCCGCGCCGUGGAGACGCGGAGCUUUUGAGCGCAAGGGCCUCGUCUCUCGGCCCCGCCACGGUCCCCACGGAGACCCCCGGGUGCCACCGGCCUCGGACCGUGCUACGUGUGCAAGUGAGCGGACGAAUGGGGCCGUGGGUGUGUGUGAGGGAGAGGGAGAGAAUGUGUGUGCGCGCGCGUGUGUGUGUGUGUGUGUGUGUGUGUGUGUGUGUGUGGAGGAGCUGAAUGUGGAGAAGUCACCAUUGAAAUACUGAAAGGAGUAUUAAGGAAAUUUACAACUGUCUUGGUGGGAGGGGCUACAAAAAAGAAACAAACAAACAGCCUGGAAGGAGCGGCUAAUCGAAUAGGAAAAAUCUUCAAAAAAUAACGUAACCAACCUUUUGACUUUUUUUAUUUUCUUUUUCUUUUUUUAGUAACUGUUCAGAAGUAAAACACUGGACUCUGGGGUCAGCAGCAGGUCGUCCUGUAAACGAUCCACUCUGGAGCUUUUGGUAUUUGCUUUUAAGUCUCCAGUGUUUUUAUUUUAUUUUAGCUUCGUUAUAUUUUCUGUGCUUGUGUAGAACUGAGCAGUUGAACCCCCACCUUCCCCAGUUAUAUGCACCACUGUAGUUUCACCUUUUCUUAAAAAAGGUCGGUUUGAAGCUGUCAGAUUACCUGCACAGAGCAAAUAAUCUCUCAUCUGCUUCAGCAGGUUUUCUUUGCGCUUUUUCUUCGCUUUUUUUUUUUUUUUUUUUCUUGAACUUUCUGCGCUGUUGCCAUAGCUUUGAGCUUUCCGACCAUCACAUGGGAGAGAGAGCCAUUUUGCGUGAUGUCAUCAAAUCCAGGCUUGGCAUGUACCAAUCUGCAGCAUAGUUUUAGGGAGUUUUAGUUUUGUUGGGUAUGUGUACACAUUGUAACGUCUCCCCAUGCCCCCUUUUAUUAGUAAACUGCUGUUUUAAAUGUUGCGUCUCUACUCCCCUUGCCCCCUCAACAUGGUACCUUCCUGAUUCACAGUAUAAAUCAUUUUGUGAAUGCACUGAGGAGAGCCUAAUGUUGUACAUCGGGGUGCAGAGAUUUGAUGGACUUGCCAGCAUCCUUAAUGAUAUGCAUAAUACAACACACAAUACAAUCCUAAUAUUUAAAAAAUAUUUAAAAACGUAGAUAGGAUGGCCAUACUUAAUGUUGAGCCACAUUAGGGGAGCAAGAUCCUUCACAGUAGUUUCAAUGAUUUGAAAUAAUGUGCCUCUUAUUUUGGGGUGUUCCUGUUAUUGGGAGAAACGUUUUCAUAGUGUAAUGCUCCACCUCCCUCAAGUCUCUGGUGCCUCACACUGUUGUGUGGUGCCUUCUUUCUACAGCACAAAAAAGGAGACCGAGAAAACAACACAAACAUGCAUGACUAAAAGUGCUGUUCUUGAGUACGUCCUACUGUCCUCAUGUCCCACUAGUUCCUUUUCCCCUUUUUCUUUUUGCGUUGAAAUUGAGACACUGUAGAGAUGGAUUACUCUGUGGUCAUAGCUUUCUGUUGGACAUAGGGUAUAUUUGCAGCAUUCCUUGUUAGCAGAGAUGUGGUUUCAAAGAAUGAGGGCAAAAGAAUUGGGAAUUAGAUGGUAUUCUUAACCUGUUAAACAUGGGCAACAGGCUAAGUUUUGUUGUUGAAUAAAUAUUGAAACCAUACUAA